AUAUUUGUGUAGCGUUUCAGCUGCUCCCAACAAUUCACAACAGAAAAUAAGAGUAUUUUUAAACAGUAAUAAACAGUAUUUUUAUGACAAUUUUCUAAUUGGCACAAUAAAGUAAUAUAACAUUUAUAUAACAAAUCUAAAAAUUACAUUAAUAGCAAUUAAGAACAUAAUGGUUAAUACAUUUUAUUUCCUGAAUUUCAGAAUGGAAGAGGAGGUCAAUCCAUCUGUGGACGCCACUUUUAUGGACAGCACUGAGGAUGGUGAAGAGAUGGUCAAGAGAGAGGAAGCAGACCCUGAGGAACAGAGGAACCCAGAUGCAAUGGGGAACCCUGAGGAACCGAAAAACUCUGAGAAACUAGAGAACCCUGAGGAACCGAGGAACCCAGAGAAACCCAUAAACUCUGAGGAACCAGAGAACUCAGAGGAAAUGAGGAACCCUGAGGAACCGAGAAUCUCUGAGGACCCGGAGGAACCGAGGAACCCUGAGGAAUCAGAUAACCCUGAGGAACCGGGGGACACUGAGGAACCCAGGAGCCCUGAGGAUCCGGGGAACCCUGAACAAUUGAGGAACCCUGAAGAUUUGAGAAGCCUUUACGAUGCUGAAUUACCGGUUCCAACUGAAGCUGACCUCUACCCCGGUCUGGACCAUGAGUCAAGGGGACAUAGUGCACUUGGUGACCCCUCAGAUUUGGAGCAUCAGGAGAAGGAUGAGCCAGAAUCUGCUGGAGAAGAUGCUGAGGAGGCUGCCACAUUAUCAGACCAAGCACUGGAAAGGGAUCCUUUCACCAGUGAGACGUUUGAAGAGGACGAGACUCCAGGAACCCCAGAGCUGGACAUCCAGAGCCUGCAGGACGAAGUUCCAUCAGUGCAGGUGGAGACGGAGACCCUAGACCUCCAGGCUGAAUACGAGGAGCUGCAGAAAGAGAGGGACAGGCUCACCCAGAGGAACGUCCAGCUGCAGCGCAUACUAGCCGAAUACUACCAGCAGAAGCCGAGUGAAGAGCCUGGGCCGGAGCUGGAGACGGGCGUAUCUGAUCUUCAGCAGCGCUACCUGGAAUAUCUGGAGGUGAUACAGGAUCUCAGGCAGAAGCUGAGUAAACAGGCAGAUCAGAACGAGGCCGAGCGGAGGAAGAGGAGGCUGGAGAUGAAGGACGAUGAGGAGCUGGACGUCGGUCAGCACAUGGUGGACUUCGAGCAGCUCAAGAGCGAGAACCAGGUGAACAGAGAGAAGAUCGAGGAGUGCAAAGAGAAACUGCUCAAACAGAAGAAGAAGAACAGCGAGACUGUGCAGGCUCUGACUCAUGUGAAGGAGAAGAUCCAGUUUGUUCAGGUGGAGAAUCAGGAGAAACGGGCUCAGCUGACCGGGCUGGAUGCUCUGGUGUCCCAGAAGCAGGAGGUUCUGACCCGUAUGAAGCAGGCGCGGGACGGGCUGCGGGUGGAUAACCUGCGGCUGCACCAGAGCUCCGGGCUGCUGGCGUACCCCACGCUGCUGCGGGACAUGGAGGAGAAGGUGGAGAAGUGUGAGGCUCUGGAGACGAGGCUGGACACCCUGAGGAGACAAUCCGCCCAAAUCACCCUGAAGAGCAGCAGAGUCAGAAACAAACUGCAGCACAGCAGGACACCCGACGACUUAUAACAUACACACACACACACACACACAUAUACAAACACACA